AUUGGCUGAGUAAUCUUAAAAAUAAUUUUCUUUUAGUACAAAAAAACUCAAAAGCAAGUUGAGUUGCACAGUUUAACCAACUAACAACUCUAACACACUAAUAACAUAACCACUCCAUUAGGAUUUAUAUUUACACUUUAUAUCAUAACAUACCAAACUUGGAUUUAAAAUAGUUUAUUAAUUCCCCACAUUAAUCAUUCUAUCUUGCUCACAAAGAUAAAUAGGAACCAAAAUAUAUAACCCCUAUUAGGAUCCUAUUCAUAAUUAAGAUAGUCUAUGCUCUCUCAAAUUAACAAUAAUAGUUGAUACAUACAUACCACAAAAAAAUUGGUUUUAGAAGAAAUGAGAAAUCAUAUGGAGAGAUUAGUAGUUCUUCCUUUCUCUUUAAGGUGUGCUUCCAAAUCAAGUGUGGGAUUAGGUGAAGCCAAAGGAUCAAAAAAAUGUUCAAAAGAGUCAAUUGUUUCAAGAAGACAAGAAGGACAAAUUAUCACAACUAAAAUGAAGAAAAAAAGGUCUUUUGGAUAUUUUGUUCUACCAAAGGCUAAUGUAGCUGCAGGCAUAAAGAGAUUGAUAUAUGGUAUCAAGAGUUUAUCUCAAUUAUUUUUUUACAAAGAGCAUAUUGAGGAGAUUGAACAUGAUAUGGAAAUUGGGUAUCCAACGGAUGUAAAGCAUGUAACACAUAUUGGACUUGAUGGCUCAACAACCACAAAUAAUGUUAAAGGUUGGGACAAUUUAAAGGCACCUGAAUUACUGUCUUUAUCUCCAAUUACAUUAAAGCAAUUUGAAUUGGCCAUGGCUACCCAAGCUCACCAACCACUUAUUGAUAAUUCCUCCCAAAAAUGUGAUUAAAUAUAUACUUGUGGGACUCAUUAUUGUUGGCUUAAUAAUUAAGUCUCUUCUAAUUGUAGAUUAAUGAUCAUUAUGAUUGAUUAAGAUGUAUCUAUAAGAGUUCACAUGCAUUGUGCAUAAAUGAACAUUCAUGAAUAUUUGUAACCUCUCUUUGUCUUUGGACUCUCUUGUUUUUGCUCUGUUCUUGAGAUGAGAUUACCUCUAAGCUUCAUUGCUUUUUUCAAUGCGAUGAAGUCUUCAAUUUUAAAUUUGAGAUUGAGUUCUUU